AUGGUCUUAAAAGCAGUGUUGGAGGGGCCUGACGGUCUGCUUGCCCAAGAGGAUCGCCCCAGGAGGUGUAAACUGCGAGUGCUGGAUUUAAGGAACACGGGAGCCAACUUCUGGAGAAUGUGGUGUGGAGACAGCACCCGGAAUUGCUCACCUACGGGACCAGUGGCUGUGCACAGCUCCAGCCCCAACACUGAGCACCCCUUGGCUCCCUUGGAGGUGUUCUUAGACCUUAACUUCAAUGAAAGGGACGGGGAUGAGUUUCUCAAGUUCAUCAUCCAGUGGAGGGUCAGCAAGGUCCUGGAUGGGGUGCAGCUGGACUGCCUCCAGGAGGUGGACGUGAACUACACGUGGGACCUGCCCAGCCUGGGGACGUUUGCUCUUUACCUGGGUCAGAUGCGUAACCUGCAGAGACUCUCUCUCCCCCACAUCCACGUGUUGACAGAGGAGGAGGAUAUGCUCAGGUUGCAGCACCUCCGGGACCUCAACAUGGAUUCUCGCUCCUUCCUCCGAGGCCGCCUGGACCAGAUGCUCAGGUGCCUGCAGACCCCCUUGGACAAACUCUCCGUAACGAAUUGCCAGCGGCUGGCGCAUUCAGACCUGACACACCUGUUCCAGUGCCCGAACCUCAGGCAGCUGAAGUCCCUGCGUCUAUUUGGUCUCAGCCUCGUGGAUUUUAGUCCCGAGCCCCUCCGAGCUCUGCUGGAGGCAGUGGCACCCACCCUCCAGGCCCUGGGCCUGGAUAACUGUGGGAUGGUGGACUCCCAAGUCGAGGCCAUCCUGCCUGUCCUGAGCCGCUGCCACCAGCUCAGGGACUUCACCAUCUGA